AAUUAUAUAGCUCUCCAUAUAUAUAAAUAUAUAUAAAUAGGUACACACUGCUCUUUGUAGCUAGUAACCGUGUAUAUAUGUUUCUGCAAAUAGACUUAGGGAGAGGACAUGGCUCGUCUGGUCUUUACCGAAAAGGAACAAAAUUCCUAUGAUCCCAAAAAGUAUAAGGUAGUUCACAAGAAUCAUUGGCGGCAGGUGAGUCUGCGAUUGGAGCCCACGCAGAAAAAAUGGUGGGAGGAUCCAGACGUUAUUGUUGCCUUCAAUUUACCGCGCAUCAGCGCCCGGCUGGAGCGCCUCAUGGGCACCAAUGUGGUCAAGCUGACUGACCGCGCCUACAUGAAACAGCUGCGAGAACGCAUCGACGAGGAUUACCGCAAGCAGCUACUCGCCCGGAUUCGAGCGCGUGAGCUAAGAGAAGUGGAACGUGAGCGCAUGCUGAUUAUCGAAGGCAAAUCGGAUAUAAUACCCGAGGAGCUGGCCAACGAUCCCAUCUUUAUGGUCAACAAAGAUGCCAACAUGGAGAUACAAAGAGAGCGCGCUAAGCUGAAAACGAGUCGAGAGAAGAAUGCGGAACGUUUGAAGGUGCAGGGCGUCAAGUGGGAGCGAGAGAGGCUGCAGCAUGCGGCCCAGGAGGCCGAGCAGCUGGCCAAGAAGCACGAGCGACAGCGCCAACAGAAGCUACUCGUCGAGCAGUACCGAGUGGAGGAUGCGGAGCGAGGCAUGGACCUGCUGCGCAUUGAUAACGAGGACUGGCGUGAUUGCGAACAGAAUCUGAAGGAGUUCCUUGAAACGGAACGAGCCAAAAUGAAGGAACGUUCGCUGCGUGUGCCCAUGCAGUUCACAUCAGAUCCAAAGGAUAUUCUCAACAUCGUUCGCGCCCGCCAAAAGUUCCGUGAGACGGAGCUGCGCAUACGCCAUCAGCUGGAUGCGGAUAAGAAGGAGCAGGCCACAACGGUGGCACCCAGCAGCGAUGGGGAUGGCUUCUUCAUGGAAGAGAUGGGCGUGGGCAGCAUCGAGAUGCCGAAUGAUGCGUCGGGCAGCUUUGGCGAAUAUCCGGGCGCUAUUCAGAGCAAAUACCUGGACGAUGCCUCCGAUGUUACCGAGGAAUCCAUCAAGAGUGAGAGCUUGAUUAGCUUGACGGUUGCUAAGCAACAAUACGCCGAGGUACUCCAGCAAGAGAUGGAGGAUGAGUUCAAUCGGGGAUUGCUCAUAUCCAAGCAGCAGUACGAUCAAUUGCGCUAUGAGGAUGAGAAAAUUGUGGCACUACGGAACGCCAAGAACAUACUUGAACUAUACCAACUGGCUGAGCAGAUCAUUAUGGGCGAUCCGGUACCGGAGGAGCCGGAGGACGAUGCUGGAGAAGAGAAUGCCGUUCCGGAAUAUGUUCCGCCGCCAGAUGAUGAGGAAGACGUGGAAUAAGUGUCAGUGCUCUCUCUUUUUUUUUUUAUAUAUGAUCGUUUCCAUAUUUUUCUUUCGAUCCACUCC